ACAAACUUUUCAUUUUGACACUCACACAACCUGGGACUAACUUCCAAUUUCCAACUAACAUAACGGCAUGGAUGUGGCACAUUGCUAUCUAGAUGGCAAUGCUGAUGCUGUGGAGUUUUGUCCGCACGAUUCUUACCAACAUGUUCUGGCGGCUUCAACGUACACGUUACAAGAGGGGGAUUGUCCCAGUCGAUCUGGGAGCAUAUCGCUGUUCAAUGUUGAUGCUAACAUGGGUCGUUUUGAUUUGUUUCAUCGCGUGGACACAGUGGGCAUAUUUGAUAUAAAGUGGAGUCCAGUUGGGGGUAGUAAUGUGGGUUCUUUGCUUGCUCAAGCGGAUGCCGAUGGUUUUCUGAGAACUUACAGUCUUGAGGAUAGUUCAGAUGGAGCAGAAGGGAGUUUCUUGAAAGAGAUAAAUGGAGUAAAAAUCAGUUCGUCCAUGUGCCUUUGCCUUGACUGGAACCCCUCAGCCACAUCAAUCACAGUGGGUCUUUCUGAUGGUUCUGUCUCAAUUGUUUCUGUGUUGGAGUCACAAAUUGAAAUACAACAACAAUGGAAAGGGCAUGAUUUUGAGCUUUGGGCAACUUCUUUUGAUAUUCACCAACCCCAACUGGUAUACAGUGGUUCGGAUGACUGCAAAUUCAGUUGUUGGGAUCUACGGCAUAGUCCUUCUAAGUUAGCAUUUCAGAAUAUCAAGGCUCAUAAGAUGGGUGUUUGCUGCAUAGUGAAGAGCCCUAAUGAUCCUAAUACUGUACUUACUGGUUGUUAUGACGAGCACUUGAGGGUAUGGGAUGUAAGAUCAAUCUCAAAACCUGUAAAUGAAACUUCAAUUUGUUUAGGGGGAGGUGUCUGGAGAAUCAAGCCCCAUCCUAUUUUACCGGGUAUUGUCUUGGCAGCUUGCAUGCACAACGGGUUUGCAGUUGUUAAGAUUGAAGGGGAUAACACUGAAGUGAUUGAAACAUAUAGUAAGCAUGAGUCACUCGCAUAUGGAGCAGAUUGGCAGAAAUGUGAAUCAAACCAGGAAGGCAAAAAUAAGAGUUCUGUGGUGGCUACUUGCUCGUUUUAUGAUCGGCUUCUUCGAAUAUGGAUGCCAGAAAGUGAUAUCAUAUCAUGAUUUAGUGCAUCUACAGGCAUCUCUCUAAUUGCAGUCAGAAGGAUCCAAGUUCGAUGUUUUCACCCUUGAGAAAUCUUUUUUGAUACUUCAUUAGGUAUGUGUGAGCAUGAUACAUAACCUCUCUUCCUCCAUGGUAACAUGAUUCAAGAAGAUUUUUGGGUUCCAGAUAUGUUUAUUUUAUAAAAUAUAACUUUUAUCUAUAUAGGUCCUUUUACUCCCAUCCCUAUAAGAAAGGAUCCUUUUCAAUUUUCUAUUGGAGGACAUAAGAUCUACAUUUGUUUUUUCCCCAACAAUGGACCUUAAGGAGGGGAGAGAGAGAGAGAUGGGACAUAAUUUUAAUGAAGACAUGAA